AUGAUCUUGUCGACGCAUGCUCGACCACCUGGCAAAACCUCUCUUAACAAUUAUCUAUUUAUGAAUUUAUUUUUUUAUUUAGGAUCAUGCCAAUUUUCAUUCACACCUAUGGUUACAUAUGCAGUGAACGCAGGUCCCGUAGGAAUCGCUACUGGUGAUUUUAAUGACGAUAAUCAAACAGAUGUUGUUGUUACUAACUUUAACAAUGAAACAAUUAGUGUGCUUCUUAGUUAUGGUAAUGGAAGUUUUACAGAGCAAAAAACAUUUUCGACUGGAAGAUAUCCAAACUCAGUUGUUGUGGCUGAUUUUAAUAACGAUAAUCGAUUAGAUAUCGUCGUUGCUAACUGGGGUGAUAGCACUAUUAGCAUCCUUCUAGGUUAUGGUAAUGGAUCUUUUGCAACACAAACUGUCUUAUUCGCUAACUCAAAUCCGUAUUGGGUUGCUGUUGGUGAAUUUAAUAACGAUAAUCUCCCUGAUCUCGUUGUUAUUAAUGAAUUCAGUAACAAUACAGGCGUGUAUCUUGGUGAUGGUAAUGGAAGUUUUACAGUACGAACAACAUUUCUCACCGGAUAUGAACCAUUAGGAGCUGUUGUCAGUGAUUUUAAUGGCGAUAAUCGAUCAGAUAUCGCGGUUGCUAACUCGGGUGACAAUACUAUCAGCAUCCUUCUAGGUUAUGGUAAUGGAUCUUUUGCAACACAAAAGACGUUUUUGACUGGUAAUACUCCUCGUUCGAUCGCCAUCGGUGAUUUUAAUGAAGACAAAAAAAUAGAUCUCGUCGUCGCUAACUUCAUCAAUAACAGUGUCAGUGUACUUUUUGGUUUUGGGAAUGGAACUUUUUCCACACAAAUAUUAUUAUCAACCGAUUCAUAUCCAAAUGCAGUUGCUGUCGGUGAUUUGAAUGGCGACAAUCGAAAAGAUAUUGUUGUCACUAAUUGUAAUGGUAAUAAUACAAGUGUAUUUAUUGCUUUUGACAACGGAAGUUUUACAUCACAAAUAACAUUUGCCGCUGGGGUUUGCCCAAGUGGUGUCGCUCUUGGUGAUUUUAACGGUGACGGACGACAAGAUGUUGCUAUCUCAAACAAUGCCAAUGCCAAUAUCGGUAUUUUAUUGAGCAUUUGUCAAUAA